CCUGGAGGAUCAGUUUUGCUCUCUUUAUCCAGCAAUCACCGUGCGCCACCAUCCCUGCUACUUUUCAUCGGAUCUGCUGAAUCUCCGCCGUACUUCGAGUUUCAAGCCUUCCACUUUCCGAUCCCGCAUCAUCCAUCCAUAACAUUUGGUUUCAGGGCUAAGAUGGAAUCUAUGGAUAUCGUUGGUAAAUCGAAAGAGGAUGCUUCGCUUCCCAAAGCAACAAUGACAAAAAUUAUUAAAGAGAUGCUACCACCAGAUGUUCGUGUUGCUCGAGAUACUCAGGAUCUGCUGAUUGAAUGUUGUGUAGAAUUUAUCAAUCUAAUUUCCUCAGAAUCAAAUGAAGUUUGCAAUAAAGAAGAUAGGCGAACUAUUGCUCCUGAGCAUGUGCUGAAGGCCCUUGAGGUCCUAGGCUUUGGGGAGUAUAUUGAAGAUGUUUAUGCUGCGUACGAACAACACCGGCUUGAAACCAUGGACACUGUUAGGGGCGGGAAGUUGAACAGUGCAGCUGAAAUGACAGAAGAGGAAGCGCUGGCUGAGCAACAGAGGAUGUUUGCAGAAGCCCGUGCGAGGAUGAACAACGGCAUUGCAGUCCCUAAACAAUCAGACUCAGAGCCGGAACAACCCAAGUAAACUGCUAACUUCUUACCGUUCAUCUGAUUGCUAUUUAGGUGAAGGCAUAAAUUAUUGCUUCUUAGGUGUUAGGAUUCUGUCCUAAAUUAUCUUGUACAGAGGAUCUAUUAGCUAGCCUGUCCCCCUCUAUUUUUUAAUCUUACAUGUAGUUCAUGAAUCUAUAUGUUUCUGUAAUUAGUAUUUUGGCAUUAGAACUUUGGUGUAUCAUUGUUAGUUCGAGAGAAUUACGGGCACUUUAUUGGUGUAUCUGAAUAAUUUGCCUUUUUUUUAACUUGUGUGAUCUGAAUCGAUUAAAUGCCAAUGUUUUUU